ACUUUGCAAAAAAAUAACGAAGUUGGGGGGUCUUUUGAUUUUUCCCGCAUGAUGUCAUCAAAAUGGCGGACAACACAGGGGUGGAUGACGGUUCAUUCCAACCAAAAGACGAAACUGAAGCUAUAACUCUAACUAACGCCGACAAAACUGCCGAAAGAAACAAACCAGGGGCAACAGUCAACCCCGUCGAAAGCUCUGCAACGCCCCCCAUAACCCCCACAGACCCUGAUACUGCGCCACAGCCGGACUUUACUGAGCCCCCACAGCGCCCCUCUCAACCGGACGCCGCGCCGGUGCUCAUCGUUACCGGGGAAACAGCAUCCAAUAGCGAUCACGCCUCGUCCGAGCCGGAUACCUCUCAUCCAGACGGGAGAGAAGACUCGUCAGAAGGAAGUGUCUCAGAAAAUGCAAAAAUUAAAGAUGAGGGGAGUAUUGAGCAAUCCAGUGAACUAACCUCAGAGAGUAAUGGAGACAGGACAAGACAAGAGUCAGGUUCUACCGAGGGUAACAGAAAGGAUGGACCACCAACAAGAAGCCGUGCACAGCCAGUGUUAGACGCUUCAAAACUCAAAGAGCGGGAAAACAAAAACAACCAGUUUAGACAACAACAGCUGACCGACAGACAGAGACGCAUUGAGAGCAUCCGACACAGGGGUGACGACCACAGGGCGGAAAUACUCGAGAGGAAGAAAAAACAAGAAGAGGAGGAUCUGCAACGCAAAGAAGCAAUCGUCAGGCGUUCCAGAGAUCGCUCAGACAACGCCCGUGAGAAGCGCCGUUCGUGGAGUGCCUUUGGCCCCCGCGACCACCCCUCCCCGGUCCCCAGCACCGGUAACCCGCGCUCAGCCAGAGGUCGCAGCACCGACAGGAUGACGGAACGUCCCAUCUCCAGCGGAGGGGUGCUCCCCCUCAGCUCCAGCAAGCGCUUAUCCAGCUCCGUGUCGGCGCUCCACAGGCCCGUGCACCUCGUCCGGUUGGGCCCUAACGAGAACGACUGGUUCGAGGUUCACAUCCCUGAGCCGCUGUCCCGACGCGGCUCGUCACCAGGCAACGACAAGAAUCUCGAUUCUUCUUCCUCCCCUUUGCCCGCCAGUAGCAGUGCAACCCCCCGCCACCACCUCUCCUCACCCAACCUUGCAUCAAACAAUGUAAGGAGGCGAAUGAGAGCUGCCUAUCCUACCAGAGAUAGCAGGUCAGCCCACUCCACGCCCACGCACGUCUCAAGACCGCUCUCGGCAACAAAACGCUCCAAUUCUAAUUCAAAGCUAGACAAGGAGCCUGGUCAAGAGGGAGGGACCCCAGCAUCCGGAACAGCCCCUCCAAAGAGAGCACCAUCUCCUCGCACCUCUCUCCACGGGCGGCCCCCGUCACCACGGCAACAGUCGUCGACACCCAGAGCCACCCCGGUGCGCGCUCCAUCACCCAAGACUCUAGGGUCAACUACAGUGGACGGCAGUAAACCCAAGUCGGGCAGGGCACCGUCGCCUCGGAAUCUACCGUCGCCUCGCAAUCUACCCUCGCCUCGCAACCUACCCAAACAGGCCAAUGGGGACAGCAAUAGGAAACCAGAAGCUAAGAAACUUCCCGGCCAAACCCCUCCCAUCAAGAAGGCCCUCACGCCCCGCACCGAUAUCGUCAAGACGAACGUCAGCUCCCCAACAAAAACUGCAACCACACCAAAGAGCAUCCCCAAGGCCUCCGCGGCCAAGACGGCCAAGACGGCCACGACACCGAAGGGGGGUCCCAAAGCGGCCAAGCCUGCCGCAAUGAAAGCUGCCACACCAACAGCAACAGCAGCAGCUACUCCACAGAAACCAGCCGUCGCUAAGGAAGAUGCGGAGAUCAAGACGGAACUGAAAGAGGCGGACAUUAAAGCAGAACCGAAAGAGGCGGAGAUUAAGACUGAACCGAAAGAGGUGGAAGCAAAAGACGAAAAACCAAAGGAAACAUCUCGAUCCCAAUCCCCAACCAUCUCCGAAUCCUCCAGUGGAUCGGCACCCUCAUCCAACGGCUCCGCCCCUGCCGGGCAAGCCGCGCCUCCUAAGGAGUUGACAGCCGAGGAGCGAGCCAAGCAGGCCCUGGCUGAGAGGCGUCGCCAAGCUAGGGAGAAGGCGGAGAGAGAGGCGGAGCUAGAGAGGCAAAGACAGGAACAACUCAAACGCGAGGAGGAAGAGCGUAUCCGUCUUGAGGAAGAGGAGAGAAUACGUCAGGAGGAGGAAGCCGUCAGACUAGCGGAGGAACACAAGAAAGCCGAGGAAGAACGUCUGAAGCGAGUCAUCGAGGAAAACGAAGAAAGAGAGAAAUUGGAGGCAGAGCAAAAGGCAGCUGAGGAGGCGGAAGCUGCACAGAGAGCUGAGGAGGAGAGACUAAGACAGGAGGAACUGAAGAGACAAGAGGAGGAGCUGGCCGAGAAAUGCCGCAAAGAAGACGAGGAGAGAAACGCCCGCAAGAAGAGGGUUGAAGAAAUUAUGAAGAAAGCAAGACGUGGAGCCCAAGCAAAAGACAAGGAUGAUCCGUCCGAAGAUGGAGAUAGUGGCUCGGAGAGCGGAUCGGGCUCCGGCUCAGAACGGAAGACCAACGGUGUGAACAGCGUCCUUGCCAGCAGUAGUCUACUCAACAGCGAGAAGUAUCGCAGCCUCCUCUUCAAUCGCAACAAGACAGAGCUUUCAGGCGAGGAAGACGAGGAUUAUGAGGGGGAUCAAUUGGAAAGCGCCCCCUAUGGCAAAACUGCCACCAGCUCCAGCGAUUCCGAAGACAGGGAUCUGUCUGAGGAAGGGGAGGAGCCAGGGGAGGGGCCAGGGGAGGGGGCGGGACCUGCUGAGGAAGGGGCGGGGCCUGAAUGGUCGGAGGAGAAAGAGGCAGGACAAGUUGAUAGGGAUGUUGAACAGGAAAAUGUUAGUGAAGACGGGGUAGAAGACCAAGAUGGAGGAUUGCAACCUGGUUGGUCAGGAGAGGCGGAUGUGUCGGUAGGAGGAGAAUUGAAGGGCGACAUUGGGGAACAGCAGGAAUUGUCUACUGAACCUGCUGAAGAAUCUGGAGUUGGCAAUGGUGCAGUUUCUGACAUGGGUAUGGCCAAGGCAGUCACGGGUGUGGCAGACGAAGCAGAGUUAAAAGGCUCCCCUGAAGAACAACCACCGUCCAUUGACGAUGAUGGAAUUGAUGAGGAAGUAAUUACCGAUGUGGGCGUGGCCCAGGAGGAGGUUGUGGCUAAGGAGGAGGGUGUGAUUGAGGAGGGUGUGGUGCAGGAGGGUGUGGUGCAGGAGGAAUAUGGGUCUGAGGAAGGAUCUCCAAAACCGACAACCUUUGAUGGCCUUGGAGAUGGUGAUGAAAUCACUGAUGUGGAAGCGGCUAAGGAUGAACAGGAUGUGGUCGAGGAGGGUGCGGUCAAUGAGGGUGUGGUCAAGGAGGGUGUGGUUGAGGAUGAGGAUGAGGGUGUGGUUGAGGAAGAGGAUGAGGGUGUGGUUGAGGAAGAGGACGAUGAAGGGAUAGACUCUAAUGGUCUCCCUGAUCAACAACCACCAUCAUUUGAUGACUAUGCUGUUGGUGAUGAUGCAGUCACUGAUGUGGGUGUGGUCCAGAAGGAGGGUGUGGUCAUGGAGGAAGGUGUGGCCAAGGAGGUAGAGGAAGAUGUGGUUGAGGAGGAGGAUGUGGCCGAGGAGGAUCAGGGUUUGGCUGACGAAGAGACGGAGCAUAAAGACUUUCCUGAGCAACAACCACAAUCAUUUGAUGAAAAUGGCUUUGGUAAAAAUGCAAUCUCUGACAUGGGUGGAGCCAAGGCUGAGCAUGUAGAGGAUGAGGGUGUGGUCAAAGAGGAGGGUGUGGCUGAGGAAGACAUUCCUCUUGACCCGUCCACUAAUGGAAACGGUAACAUGCAUGCCGAGGAUCAAGAGGAUAUCAGUACAGAUGACGAGAAAAGCAAUGGUUCCUCUGGGAAUGGAAAUGAAGUAGAGCCUCCAGGACCUCUGACGUCCCCCUUCAAUAAUGUGCCUGCUUCCCAAAACUUUAACAAUGCAAACGGGGAGGCCCUGAUUGACCCUCUCCAAGAGAACACUGAACUCAUCACCAAGAAGGCCCUAUUGGAUCUUGAUGAGGGGGGCGGGGCUCUGGAUGGCGGGGGGACGAUAGAAAUCGGAGAGGAGCUGUCGCCGGACUCGGCCAGCGACAAGCUCAACGCCAAUCUGGGCAUGAGGGCGGGGUUUCCCUCGGGCGACGCCCCUAUGACCCUCUCGUUCUCCCCGCUGGGUGAGCUGGAGGCCAACGGAGGGCAGCCGCAGCAGCCUAUGGCGGUCUGCGUGACGCCUGAAGAUGCCGUUUGAAAUCAACAGUCUUUUUUACUUGAAUAUAUGAGGGCAAAAACUCUUAAAUUUGAGCGAUAUAUUGGAAUGACUGUGUGCAUUUGCUGUUUGUGAGGACCCAACGCCAUAUCUGUUAGUUGAAACCAUUCACGUGUCUACACCCUUUGAGAUGAUGAGAUGAAUCCCCAAUUGCAUGGACAAGCAGCCGUAUUCUCCAGAUCUUGUGUUCCGACUUGUCAUCUGCUGGACUGGUCGUAGGCCUGGGUUAUGUUGAGCACUUGGAAUUUGCAGUCAUGAUCAGAUAGACCGUUCCACCCCUGCCAAUCAUAACUUUGCUGAUGUUUUGAUAACUGGAUGGUAAUCGCAGUGAAAAUAACUGGAUGAAAAUCGCACAUUCUUUGAAUGUUCAGAAUGAGUUAUAUUUCAUGUGGAACCGAUGCAAUCACAAAAGUAUUUUAAAAAAAUACUUGUCCAAGUAUUUUUCCAUUAACUGGAGAGCUCUAAGAAGCUGAUGCAUCUUCUAGAAGCAUCUUUGCCGUCGUUGACCACUUUGCGAGGAAACCAAAGUCUUGCCUGCUAACCGCAAAAACAUCUUAGACAGGAGUUGGAUUCACCUUGUUUCUUCAGGAGGAUCUUAUUGGUGCAAGUGGUACUCAUAAAUUCUCAAAAUGACUAACAACGUAACCAUGGUAACAGUGCACGACCAAUUGGAUUGUGGGAAUCAUUGGUGAAUUCUUGACACCACUUGUUGGAGCAACGAGGCACCCUACGGAAUUUAAUCAAAAAAAUCUUCACCAAAAAAAGGCGUAUGCACAAAAAUCAAUGAUAUCCACGUGCACAACUUCAAACUUGGAAUAUAAUUGGUCACUAACCACUAACAUGGGAUUUCUGUUUUCACGGAGGUCUUUCAAAACUGACAAAAAAUCUUAACAUCGGAUCGAUAUUUGAAGAUGAACAAAACAAAACAAGGUGGACGACUGUUUCUCAUGUAAAAUUCCCAGGUUCUCGAAACAACAACAUUGACAGUGCUACGAAAACUGCAGCAACAGCGCCCUCUAGUGAUAGUCCAGGAGAUCGCAGCAGAAUUAACAAUGCCGGCUAUAUUCCCAUCUGGAAAAGUGCGACCGAAUCCAGGUGAAAUUAGGAUUUCCUUGGGAAAACUCCAAAAACAAAAAUCCAUAGAACUGGAAGAAUUUCUGUCAACUUGCUUUGUAAUUGCCCGUGAGGUGUGCAUGUAAUACUGUAGUCUUAUCAACUUAACAUUUUUUGUACAUUUUCGCUCCAAAACCUGAAAAUGGCAGUGUGUGGUGAGACAUUUCAUGGUUGAUAUUUAUUUCCAGAAAGAAGGGGAAAAUUACAUAUUUGGGAGAGUUUCCUGUGAAUUGAAGUGUUUGGAGUUCGAAAUAAAUAUGUUCUUAUAAGCUCGUCGGAAUAAAUAGAUUGUUAUAAGCUUGUCGCAUCAAAUGCAUGUCUCACUGUGAGAGCAUACACACGUAAAUGAUAGUGCUGAGUCUCAGAAAAUGAUAAAAAUGUUUUAAAAUAUCAACAAAAGUUACCGUGUUGACAAAAAUAUGAACUGUGAAAAACUGGCUUACAAAAGUAAAUAAUAAAUGCUCAAUACAGAAAAUGAGAAAUUCUAUCAAUAUGUUAACAAACAUUACUGUAAUGAUAAAAAUAUAAACGUCUGCUUGUGUGAAACGAAAAAUUCAUGUAGUAAAAAGAAUAUUCACGUAUGUGGCAAAACUGUAAGAUUGUGUGCAUUUAUGGCCUUCAAGGCAAAACAUUAAGCAAAACAUAAGCAAAACAUUAGAACUUUUUAAUGAUGGAUGUCAGUAUGGUAUUUAAGACAUAAACAUUUUGGGUGUUUGCUGGAUAACACAUAUUGUUUGUCCGGUUACGGCAGAAGUUUUGACAAAUGUGGCUCUUUAAUUUCAUUUUCAAAAUUCAUUUGAAAGUUAUCCUCAUUGUUAAAAAUGUCAAAUAUCAAAAUAGAUUGCAAUUUUCUUGUAGAAAUGUAAUUUCCAGCUAACUUAUUUUAGUCAAAAAAUCCCUGCAAAGUCCCCAAUUUGUGUACAUAAAAAAAUAUCCGACAGUUUUCAUUUAAACACACGUCCAAUUGUCUUGUUUUGUAAAUACACUGUACAUGUUUUUGGUUGAAAAAAGGCAGUCUCGUCUCAUAGAGCAUGUUUUGGGUAAAUACAAACAAAAAGAUGUCCCGUAUUAACAAUGAAUCCUUAAUCAAAUCUUAUUAUUCAGAAAAAUAAACAAUUCGAAAGCUGUAAAUAAGAAAUUGUAGAUUUAGUGAAUGAAAAGUGCAGGGAAAUCUAUUGAGUGUGAAAAAAAGGAUGAUGUGAGAAUGCAUGGGCCGCUUUGUUUUCAUGACAAAAUUGUCAAAGUUGUUCUUUAGGUUAUAUUCUUCAUUUUGCAUUAUGUUUUUGUGAAGUUUAAGAAAGAAUCUCCUAAAAAUUGAUUGGAAUUAGAAAAGGGAAAUUUUGAAUCAAUGUUUUGAGAGUAACAACUGGCCAGAUAAUUAAUGUAAUGUUCUCAAGCUAAUACUAGUAGAAUACUUUUGGCGGUUUUUAAUUACACAUAGCUCUGAAUCAAGUGAAGAGAUGAACAUUUUCCAGUUUGUUUUCUAAUUUCCUUCACGAAUGACGAAUGAGUUCCAGUUGUUUGUUUGUUUUUAAUUCAUUCACGAGUGAAGGCAAAAAUAAAGAUAAAUGCUGUAAAGAAUGAGAAAUUCCCAGAUUGGAUCAACUUAAAUGAAUCGUUUAAAACAACUAUGAAUGGAAAAAAAAAGUCUUAAAAUGCUGGAAAAGAAAAUUUGUAGCAUUGUGCUCAUGCAUUGCAUCCAUGAACAACUUUGAGUCCUUGUCUGUCGACUGCCUUAUUAAAAUGUGACCAUUCUUUGUUCCGUAAUAAUUUUCAGAAAAGGACGCGCUCUUGUGGUCGUGUCAACUUUUUGUUUCUAAAUAUAUAUAUAUCAAUAUAUUAAAAUGUAUUAUAAUUAUUAAUAUUAUUGGGUAUGAUGAUUCUAAAAACAGUGGAUGAUUGUUUAAUUUAUACGGGGUAAAAAUUUUGCUGUCAUUUAUUUAAAUUAUUUGGUGUUUGUGAUUUUGCUUAUUUUUUUUCAGGUUGCUGAAAUUGCUUUACAUUUGAUAACUGCAGCAGGGUUUUUUGUCGUUAAAUAUUGUUGCUAUUAAUGACUUAAAAUCAUGGAUUAAAAAUCAUCUGUCCUUCUUUUGAAAGUUGAAAAUUUGUGGAAACAAACAUUUGAUAUAAAUUUUGAAAAAUCCAUUUUAGCAUUUAGCUCAUUAAACUCAUUUAGACCUAAAAAUGUUUUAACAAAAGCAUCCAGGUUUUUUUUUUUUCAAUUGUCAUUUAAAACUAAUUGGGAUUGUAUAAACACGACUAUUAAUUGAGAGAAAGUUUUUGUCUUAAGUUUUAUACUUUAACAUUUGUAUUCUGUCCCCACUUUACACAAUGUGGAAUUUUGUAGUAUGAAUUAUGUUGCUAUUUGUAAGCACGCCUCAAUAUUUGUCAUUUCAUGCUUGGAUCAAAUAUUCAAAUCUGUAUUAGUGAUUUGCAUAAAUAUUAUUUUGACAGCUUAUAUGUGCAAUGUGGGAUACAAUACGAUACCACAUAUUAAGAUGAGCAAUUUCUGCGACACUUUACAAUUUUGUUUUUUAAUGUAAGUUUCUUCUUUCGGGUGCUUUGUGUGCAAAUGUACACUGGUAACUAAUGGCUGGGUACCAGUAUUGUCAAGAAAAUGGGUGCUGGUUUGUGAUCACAUUUCUACAAUCUCACCAAGGAGAAAAUGAUCAUGAUUCUGCAGUGUGUUUAUUGUGCUCACAUUAAAUUCUCCUAAAUGCUCAAUGUAAAAAAAAAUGGGUAAACAAAAAUGUUGUCGGGAUGUAAAAAAGAAAGAAGAUUAUUACUCGGUUUCAGACGAAAGCUUUCACCCUGCGUGUGAAUGUCCAAUGUAGUUUCCUGUUUUUGCAUGAAAAACCAGAAACAACUAAAAUGUUGAAUAAUCACACAAGUGAUAUGCAAAAAAAAUUGCUUUUUGUCACUAUAUCUACAUAUUUAAAUAUUCGCACAACAUUAGCUUUAACGAAAAAUAUCCUAGCCUCACAUUACGUGUUUGAGUGAGAAUUGCAUGUAAUCCUAUGAGAGAAAAGACCAGCCAAUCCGCUUUGUCGCUACCUAUGAUGUCAUGACUUUGGAGAUCUGUGAUUGGGCGAUAGCUGCCCACCUGAUCUUCAAUUUUCAAAAUUGCUGAUAUAGAAUGCUUAUAUGUAUAAUGAAAGAAAACUCUGGCUAUUAAUGAUUCAAAAUGGUUAGCUUUGGCAAAAGUGUUUACUUAUUAUAAUGAAGAGGGUAUUACAACUAAAUGAAUAAAAAGCACUUCAUGAAUGUAUUUGUGCUUUGUAUUAAAAAAAAAGAGGAAUAAAAACUUACAAAAGUAAAACA